UUGGUGAAGCAUAUUUUCAUUUAAUUGAAUGAUGUUUCAUGUGACAAGCAACUCGAUCAUGUCACUCAAGAAGAUGGUGUUGCAAAAGAGCACAACUAUGUCUUUGAAUGAACGGUGUGGAUAUGACUUCUAAGUUAAAAGUACACGUUUGCGGGCUGAAAUGGGAGACAACAUGUUGUCCGUCAUUAAGUUUCUGCAGUUUUUUGGGCUAUGACGGAGAUAGUGAAAUACGGUGUAUGCAGGCAGAAUAUAGGAGUUGGGGGUUAGUGUGUAAUGCCGGAACAUUCUUAUGCUUUACAUACCUGAGGAGAAACCGAGAGAAUGCAAUUCGAAAUAUUCGAGAGAAUGCAGUGCUUCAACACCAAGCAUCAGUGAAGAAUCGCAGACUUGUGCAGCAGAUGGAACGUCGUCCAGCUGUUGUGGCAGCUCUUAAAUUGAAAAAGAGGAGCAUGCGGCAACGUCUUGGUCAGCGCUUGGGAAACACCAGCAUUAAGGAUCGAUUGACAUUAAAUGUAUCAUAUCGUGGAGGUCGUAUGAGGGCAAGAAGUCGUUCCCGUGGAAUGUCAAGAGGAAGAGGUCGUGGGCAGUUAUCUGGUAACAGAGUUGGUCAGCUGGAUAACUUCAGAUACAGACAGCCACAAACACAAGGACAGGGCCAAAGCUCACUUUAUAGGAGUCCUUCAAGACGUCCAUUCAAGAGAGGACGUGGUGGUACACCUAUCAGAGGAAAUCGGGGAGGAAGGUACAUCCAACGAGGUGGUCAACAAGGUCGAGGUGGUGGUUCAUUCAGACGUGGAGGUCGUGGUGGAGGUCGAGGGGGUGCAAGAGGAAGAGGCCGUGGUGGCAGGGGUCGCGGAGGUCGUGGGCGGCAAAAUAGACCUCUGCCUUCAAAGGAAGAACUUGACAUGCAACUUGAUCAAUAUAUGGCAAACACAAAGUCACACCUUGACCGAGAGCUAGAGAGUUACAUGAACCAAGCCAGUACCUCUGAAUCAUGGGAUUGAAGCUUCAUGUCAGUCCAUCUCUGAUUUCCCAUUUGAAAUUUGCUUUAAUUUAUGGUUUGUUUAUGUCUUGGACUUCGAACUCUUUCGCUGUAAAGUUUUAAAUGUUCAUAAGCACAUUUUUCUGUGUUUAAGGACUCCCAGUGUAAAAGUAUUGUAAAUUAGGAUAUGUAAGAAAGAAACAGACUGUGGGAUAGCAAAUUGCUCCCAAAUAUUUAUAGUAACAUUUUUACAAAAUGUGUAAUAAUGGUUGUAACAUGAUGCUAAAGGAGAUGCUUCUGUAGUUUGUUUCACUGGAUUCAUAAAUUUGUCACUCUUUUAAAAGUAAUACUUGUGAGGCUGCAAUGAUGUUUUAAUGUGCAUUGAACUAAUAUUCACUUAUACAGAUAAGUGUAAUGCUAGAAAUAUAAACUCACUGUGUUUGUUGAACAUGUCAUGACUUAGAAGCAUUCUUGCUUUGACUGACUCUUAAUAGAUUUUCUGUUAGAGAAUGAAUGCCAUUUUAUGAAAAAUAGUGAUGAUAAAGUGGACUUUCGUGUGUUCUAUUUCUAAAAGGAAUUGAUACAGUAGAAUAUGAUUUGUUUUGUGUUAUGUCAUCUUGCCCAUGUAUUGUAGUUGUUUGAAAGAAAGAAAGGGAGGGAGAGAGAGUGAAAGAGUGAGAGAGAGAGAGAGAGAGAGAGAGAGAGAGAGAGAGAGAGAGAGAGAGCCUUAGUAUUCACCAAAAAUAGGAAAGAAAUGUGGUACACAACUCAGUUAUGAUAGUUACUUGUAGAAUAUUGCACAGAAUGCCAGCUUUUGAUUUUGAGUUGCCAUUCAGUUCACUUUUAAGUUCUUGUCAGAGGAAUUAUGUUAGUAUUAUCAUUAAUUUAUAAUUUUGUACAGCUGUUAAAAUGUCCAUUUACUAGUUCCUGUGGAUGAUAAUUGAAGUGUGUGUUGCAACUAUUUCAGAGUAGCUUGUGUACACUUGUUUAUUGCUUUGAGCUUUUGACACUAUGAAAUUGUUUCUAUAAUGUUGCUUUGUUUAAAGAGAAUUUAAAGAUAGCUGCUGAAUGUAGCUGCAGAAAAAUAAAUUAUUUGAAUUUUGGUAAA